UUUCUAGACACAUCGUACUGCUACCGAAACGAUCACACAUUGAGUACUUCUUCUAUAUCAUCAUCAUGGAGCAAGACCCGGUAGAACAAACAUACAUUUUACAAGGAACACCUGAGGUUACUACAGAUACAGAUUCUGACAAAGAAAUGGAGAACAGUGGCCCCCAAAAAUCAAACAUUGAUCGUUGGGCUUCACUCGAACGAAUCCGGGAAGAAACUCGUAUUGUAGUAUUAGACUAUCUAGGUUCGUUACCAGCAGAUAGGCUGACUGCUAGGAACUUUACAAAUUCUGAGAACAGGGUACCAUGUCUUAAAAGAGCGAUAAGUGGCCUAUCCAAGAGUGCCAGCGAUGCUGGCGCUUACGAAUCCAAGAGAAAAAAAUUUUUGGAAAUGGCAAGAUUACAGCGAAAGUUAUCUUUGAACUUGAAGAGAGACAUUGAAACAUUUGACCAUAACAAACUCCGAGCAAGAGCAGAAAAGAAAGUGGAUUUUUACAAGAGACCAAAUGAACUCCAGCUUCCACCACUUUCCUGUAAAUCUCGUUUUGAUCGUGACCACACUCCUUCACCUGUGUUAUCUCCUGAGGGUCGUGUUGCUGCCCGACUGGACAAGAUUAGUCAAGAAAUUAUGGAAAUGGUGCCUAAUUUAUUGGAUGAGCCUUUGAAGAUGAUCCAAGCAGAAUCUCUGUCAUACGAACAAUUUUGUGAAGCUGCAAGACAUCUUACCUUUGAUCAUCACAUUGUUGGCUGGUCAAAGGUUGCACUAUUGUGCCAUUUUGCUCGUGAAAUAGCUAUGAUGGGAGAGCUAGAUGACAAGCAGCUUGAGCAGUUAGCGGAACACAGCUUAAGGUUUAUUCAAGAGAGUACAGCUGAAUGGAUAGAAAAGAAGGGAGGAUGGGCUGCCUUUAAUGAGGAAGAUGAGGAUGACGUACAUGACAUAGAAAGUCUUCUAGAGAAGUAUCGUGAAAGAGAAGAAAAAGAUGGAAAAGAAGGUCCACAGUCAAAACGAGCAAGUGGUUCAAGGAGCUAUAGGAAUUCCUGGAACAUUUAUUUUAAGUAUGGUGUUGCUGCAGCAGCUGUAGGAAUAGGUGUAUGUUAUUCACUUCUCAGACAGUAAUCAAGGCUAAGGAUAUCUCUCUAUGAAUAUCUCAAGUCAGUGAAAGGCAUUUUUUGGAAGGGUUGACUUCACCAGUCUCAAAGAAAUUGAAGACGAUAAUUCAACUACCUUUUUGUUGUUGACAGGGGGUAAUUGUUCAUGGCACCAUAGCUUAGAAGAGAAACAGAGAAAUGAAGGAGUAAGUCCUUCUGCAGCUAUGAGUGUGUGUUUUGUGCAUACGAUAUAUAUAUCUUAUUAACCAAGCACGAGGGCUGUACUGGGAGAAUAUUGACCCUAGGUCUUGACUGUACGG